AUGAUCAACCCUAAAUUUCGGUGGAUUCCAUAUUUAAUAUCCCAGUACUUUUGGCUAAUUUUUGCCGCAAUAAUCAUGGUUAUUCCGAUUAUUAUUCCAUACUCACGAAAAGUUAAAGCAAUUACUCCAAUUCCGAAAAUUACAAACUGGAAUUUAUCAGAAGACCCAGUUAUGUUUGCUCACUUAACAGAUAUACAUAUCAACCAUGUCGUUCCUGGACAUUUGGAUAACUUUAACUCAGCCAGAGACUGGAUUGAAGACAUUCAACCAGAAUUUUUCGUUAUUACAGGCGAUUUAUGUGAUAAUUUCCCAGGCACAAAGUUCCCCAAGUACGGACAUCAACAACCAGAAGAUCACGAACUUUACAACAAAUCGAUUUCGAACUUAACAGUCAAAAACUUCAUCGAUAUACCAGGUAAUCACGAUGAAUUCGGAGUCUUCGGCUAUGAUACACCUGCUCACAAUUUCAUCAAAGGCAGAAAUCUUACAAAAUCCGAGUUUUUAGUUUCUAAAAAUGUUUAUACAUACCAGAACCAAAAGAUUCAUAUAGUUAAGAUCAAUGCUUUCCAUUGGCCAUCAGCUCACCCUCCAUUUGUAUUCUUCCCGAUAUACAACCGCCAAUUAUUAGAUCAAAUUGAGCAAGAAUUGAUAGAUGUCAAGGAAGAAGACGUUGUCAUCUUCUUAUCACAUUACCCUGUUAACCUCUUCGAUGAUGUCACAUCUUCAAGUGGAAGAACACUCCCACAAAUUGUUAAAACAUCGAAUUUUUCACAAUAUUUCAUUUCCGGACAUUUGCAUCCACAAAAAAGCUUUGUUCAACAUCAAGGCGACAACUUAGAAGUUGUUGGAGCAGAUCUUGCAUAUGAUAACAACUUCGGAAUGUUCUCUUUGGAUCACAACAGAUUUGUUUACACAGAUAUCGAAAACAAAGAGAAAAAGUCAAUUUUUGUCACUUCACCUGUCCCAACAAACCAAAUUUCUGGACAUACUCCUUUCUCUGAACUCGAUUCAUACAUAAGAAUCAGAGCCUUUCAAGAUAAAGAGCCAAAUAUAACAGUAUCAGGAGAUGUUUCAGGAAAAAUGGAGUGCAGAAAAUCAAACUCUAAAAAAGGUUUUGUUUGUUCACUUCACUUCACUUUUGACAAGCCAGGUGUUAAGCAUAUUAAAUUUGAUGGAGAUUACACGGAAGAAUUAGAAUUUGUUGUUAACCAAACAAUCGCAAGCAGAAGAGAAAAAGAUUAUGAAAAUUCUCAUUGGAAAUAUUGGAUAUUUGACAUGGCUUUAAUUUGGAUUUUGUUAACAUUUAUUGUUAUUCCAACACCCCUUCCAAAGUCUAUUGAUGACCAUGAAGAUUGGGUUAAUGGAGUUUCAAGUGAAUCUCAUUAUUUGUAUAGUUUUAUUUUCUCACUUUUAAUAUUUAAGCAUAGAUUUAGUCAUGUUAAUUUACCUCUUAGAAUAUUCUUCAUUGUUUUAGCUGUUUAUCCUAUUUUCAUGCCAACAACAUUCAUCGAAAUUGAUGGACAUGUCGGCAUAAUUUGGACAUAUGGUUUCGUUUGCGGAGGAGAUGCUGUGAGAAUAUUAUGGGGCCAGAUUUAUACUUUAUUGUUUAAUUUGUUAGUUAUAAUGCCAGGUACAUAUUUGGCAUCAUCACUUGCUAUUAACAAUCCUUUCGUUUUAUUCCCAUUCCUUGUUGAUAUGAUUUUUGUUAUUAUUUGCAUCGGAAUUCAUAUCAAAGUUUUGAUUAGAAAUCUGUCUGAAUCAGCAGGCAUAUUGAGAAUGGUUUUGUCACCAGCAUUCGUCUUCAUUCCAAUUGCCUCCUAUGUUUGGAUAAUUGUGGACAAGUUUAUGUCAAAACGCGCAUCUUAUGAGAAUCUUUAA